CAUCGCACACCCGCUAUCUCGCAAACAACAAAAUGGAUGCUACGUGUUCCAAUUCAUGACAAGUACGAAAGAGCGUUGUGCUGUAGAAAGAGGACCACAAAUGCGAAGCUGAACCUCACCAAACUUCACGAACCACAACUCCAUCCAACGACAUGAAGGUAGCCAUCCUGCAAUUCAAUCCUCGCCUCGGCGAAGUAGAAGCCAACAUCAGCCACGCCAACGAACUACUCUCAAGAUGUCUCGCCAACAUAGAGCUCCUGGUCCUUCCUGAGAUGGCCUUCACAGGCUACAACUUCCCCUCAACCGAAGCCAUAUCGCCAUAUCUGGAACCCACAACCAGCGGCCCAACAACGCAAUGGGCAAUUAAGACCGCCCAAGAACGACAAUGUCACGUAAUAGUAGGCUAUCCCGAGAAGACAGUUCCCUCGCCCAACGAUCCUCUUGGAACAGCAUCCCAAAAUUUCAACGCCACAGUCACGGUAUCGCCCACUGGCAAGGUCAUAGCCACCUACCGCAAAUCCUUCCUCUACUAUACAGACGAGACUUGGGCGACUGAAGGAUUCCGCUCCGCUGCAACCGGUAUGCCAUUCUAUGCAUCACAUCUUCCAGCACUCGGGCAAGUUGGACAUGGAAUUUGCAUGGACAUCAAUCCCUACCGCUUCGAAUCCCCUUGGACAAACUACGAAUUCGCCACGACGAUGCUCAAGAAUCAAUGCCGGCUGGUCAUAUUGAGCAUGGCGUGGCUGACACGUCUGACGCCCGAAGAUACUGCGACGAGUCCAGAAAGUCCGGAUAUGGAGACUGUGGCAUAUUGGUUGGAGAGAUUCUGGCCGUUUGUGGAUAGUGCGCCACAGGAACCGAUUGUGGUUGUGUUUGCGAAUCGGUGUGGGAGUGAGGGGAGUGGGAAGGGUUUGAUGAAGAUGGAGCACGGCGAGACGAUUGAGAUGGGGGAUCGCGUGGCGUAUGCGGGGUCGAGUUGUGUGAUGAGGUUUCAAGACGGGACUGUGAAGUUGUGGGAGAGGGCUGAUGGGAAGGGGAAGGGUGAUGUUGGGUUGCUGGGGAAGGGAGAGGAGGGUGUACUAGUGGUUGAUACUGGUAUUCAGGCCAGUUUCUUGCUGCAGCAGAAGGGCGGUGCUUGAACGUGGAAGACAGACCAGUGUGCUUCAUUUAGCGAAGGCGUUGGUGCUGGCGUGAUUGACCAAGGGUCGUGCCUACUGUACUUCGUUUGCAAUUGCUUCUUCAGACAGAGUGCAACGGCGAGUCCAGUUAGUCAGGAUUGAAGUGCCCGACCUCGUUGAGAAGUGCACGCCAUCGGCGAUCAUGUCCAGACGAGAGGGCGAGCGGCACGAAGUAUGUCCAUACUGUGCAAACAGAUACGUUGAGGCAACAGCAGACAGGACAUGGGAGCGCGCGGUCACUGGACACCGGUACUUGUCCCAUCCCCCGACCUUCACAGCACGUAUGCCUCAGUCCACGAUG